GACUCCAUUAGCGAAAGCCCGAGGAGACAGUUUGGGAUACUUAACUUGGGGUAGUUCUCCGGGAUUUUCCUCCAGGAUACGAAGUAGCUACAUGAUAUACAGGAGAAGAAUAACGGAACAUUAAAGCGUAGGAAGUACAAACGGAUUUCUUGGUGUUGGGUUGUUGUAUCUGAGAAGGAUGGCGCUGGACGGUAUACGAAUGCCCGAUGGCUGCUAUGCUGACGGGACUUGGGAAUUGAAGAUGCAUGUGACCGACCUCCACAGGGACGUGUCGCUGCGGGUGACCGGCGAAAUUCACAUCGGCGGGGUCAUGCUGAAACUCGUGGAAAAACUUGAUGUGAAGAAGGACUGGUCGGACCACGCCCUGUGGUGGGAGAAGAAGAAGACGUGGCUGCUGAAGACCCACUGGACGCUGGAUAAGUACGGCAUCCAGGCGGACGCCCGGCUGCUCUUCACCCCGCAGCACAAGCUGCUGCGUCUGCAGCUGCCCAACAUGAAGCACAUGAAGGUCAAGGUCAACUUCUCCGACCGCGUCUUCAAGGCCGUGUCCGACAUCUGCAAGACCUUCAAUAUCCGCCACCCCGAGGAGCUGUCUCUACUCCGCAAACCGCGGGACCCGAAGAAGAAGAAGAAGAAGCUUGAGGAAGAGGAGGAAGAGGCCCUGGAGAUGGAAGGGCCUCUGCUCACCCCUGGAUCAGCCUCUGACGUUAUAUACAUCGGACCUGUGAAAGGGAGCAUCUACUCCAGUCCUGGGCUCUACAGCAAAACCAUGACCCCCACCUACGACUCUCGGGACGGGAGUCCCCUGUCCCCUACCUCAGCCUGGUUCGGAGACAGCCCCCUUUCCGAGGGCAAUCCCAGCAUCCUCGCCGUCAGCCAGCCCAUCUCCACCCCGGACAUCCUGGUCAAACUCUACAAGCCUCAGAGCCUCCUGGACAAGGCUAAGAUCAAUCAGGGGUGGCUGGACUCCUCCCGGUCCCUGAUGGAGCAGGACGUGAAGGAGAACGAGGUGCUGCUCCUGCGGUUCAAGUACCACAGCUUCUUCGACCUCAACCCCAAGUACGAUGCCAUCCGGGUGAACCAGCUCUACGAGCAGGCCAAAUGGGCCAUCCUGAUCGAGGAGAUCGAAUGCACCGAGGAGGAGAUGAUGAUGUUCGCCGCCCUGCAGUACCACAUCAACAAGCUGUCCAUCAUGUCGUCAGACAACCACAUGAACAACAGCGAGAAGGAGGUGGACGAGGUGGACGCUGCCCUGUCCGACCUGGAGAUCACUCUGGAGGGAGGGAAGACCUCCAACACACUGGGUGACAUCACGUCCAUUCCAGAACUCGCUGACUAUGUGAAAGUAUUCAAACCAAAGAAGCUGACACUAAAGGGCUAUAAACAGUACUGGUGCACGUUCAAGGACAUCACCAUUUCCUGCUACAAGAGCAAAGAGGAAGCUCACGGGACACCUGCCCACCAAAUGAAUCUAAGAGGUUGUGAAGUGACACCAGACGUCAACAUCUCUGGUCAGAAAUUCAACAUCAAGUUGCUAAUCCCUGUGGCCGAUGGCAUGAAUGAGAUCUGGCUGCGGUGUGACACAGAGAAGCAGUACGCCCACUGGAUGGCGGCCUGCCGUCUGGCCUCCAAGGGGAAGACCAUGGCGGACAGCUCCUACAACCUGGAGGUGCAGAACAUCCUGUCCUUCCUCAAAAUGCAGCACAUGAACCCUGACCCCCCCUUCAUCGCCGAGCCAAUCAACACCGACAUCAACCCCGAGUGCCUGGUGUCGCCACGGUACCUCAAGAAGUACAAGAACAAGCAGCCUGGGUUUAUAAGAGACUUGAUCUCCACCCGGAUCCUGGAGGCCCACCAAAACGUGGCCCAGAUGAGCCUGAUCGAGGCCAAGAUGCGCUUCAUACAGGCCUGGCAGUCGCUGCCAGAGUUCGGCAUCACACACUUCCUGGCCAAGUUCCACGGGGUGAAGAGGGAGGAGCUGAUCGGGAUCACCUACAACCGGCUGAUCCGCAUGGACGCCAGCACUGGAGACGCCAUAAAGACCUGGCGCUUCAGCAACAUGAAGCAGUGGAACGUCAACUGGGAGAUCAAGAUGGUGACGGUGGAGUUUGCAGACGAGCCCAGCCUCUCCUUCGUCUGCGCGGAGGUGGACUGCAAGGUGGUGCACGAGUUCAUCGGGGGCUACAUCUUCCUGUCCACGCGCGCCAAGGACCAGAACGAGAGUCUGGACGAGGAGAUGUUCUACAAGCUGACCAGCGGCUGGAUCUGACCCGGUCCCCAGCAGGGGGGGAACCAGGGCAGGGGUGGGAGGGGUAAAGGCUUAUUUUAAUUUUAUUUUUCUCUAACAGUGUCAGGAGUUCAUGCCGUUACUUUUCCAACAUGAAUCCUUUUGUGUUUAUGCUGACUAGUGCAUUUCUGACACUGAUUGUAUGUGCUGAUGCGGUCCAGACCAUCUGGAGAACUUUGGGAAGAAGGGGAGGGGGGUGGUAGCCCCCACGCCUUCCACCUCCGACCUGUAGCGGGUCCCAGGGUCAUUUCCCAGGUGAAGCUCUGCUCACACGGAAAUCCCCGCCCCUUAUUUUCCCAUAACCCCCUCCUGCUGUGAAGCAUUACAUGCAGCGAGGACUGACAGCAUCUUCUCCUUCCUGCAGCAGUCUGGCAUGUGUGUCUGGCAUGAAUCUCCCACAAGUCCCCUGUCACCACCAUCCCUCUCCUUCCUGAACACACAUCUCUGGUCUUCUUCCCUUUUUGCCUAUAAGCUCAUUCUUAUCUAUUUUUUCUUGAGUUUUAAUAACCCCCCUUGAUCAUGUUUAUAGCCAACAGGAAACAAACCCAGCUUUGCUUACUAAGAAAAAGAACGUUAUUUAUUGUUAACUUUUUCAUUUUUUUGUGAUGCCGUUCUUUUGGUCCCAUAAGGAUGCGCUGAUUAGAUUGUGCCUCUGGUCUGUUUAUAUUUUCUGUAGCGAGCAGCUAUUCAGCGAUGUGUGAUUUGAAAAGUUGUUUGGAGUAAUUUCCUCUGACAGACCUGCAGUCAAAUUCAGCAUAAACACGAGCGGUCUCCUCCCUUGUCAAUCCGGCUUAAUGCAUCGCUCAGUUUCGUCACAAGUCUGUGUAAUUAUAGUUUUCACUCGGCAGAGAAAUGAGCCGCAGGUUUUAGUCAGAAUAUAAAUAUUGUGCCGUCAUAUCGUGGGAAGGAGAAUGGAAGGUCUCUUUCAGGCUCGGUUAUCAUGAAGGAUUGUUUUUCUUUAUUUCUUAUCUAUAUGAAGUAACACCGAAGCACUUCCACAAUGCAAUGAAGUCCCUACACGUAUAAGCUGUUUUAAGAAGUAAUUUUCAGAGAGUACCUCUUAUAGCAACGCCCUCUCUUUUAUAAUUUAGCCUAGUCAGGUUCAAGACAAAAACUUUUUAUAGAAGUAUGUAAAAAUGUAGCUGUUGCGCGCUUUGCGUUAGCCUGGCAGAUGCCUGCAUCCUUCCCAGCAGGUCGCCUUGGUAGCAUAUCAGAAAACUCCAGGCUGGCCUACUGCAACGCUUCCAUCGGUUAAAAUUUGGAAGGUUCUGGAGAACUUGGGGUUGGUUCUGUGGUUCUUCACUCUCCUGGGGGCCAGGGAAUCCGAGAGGAAGCGGCUCUGUCUAUCUUCCUCGGGUCCCUCGGGCCCUCUCAGGAGUUCUUGGGGUUUUGGUUGGUGGUGGAGAGGGGGGGGGGGGGGGUCCACAUGCCCCUGUCUCCCAGUGAUAUCUACAUGUGUCCCAAGUUUAGAGAGACUGCCACGGCUCUGCAGUGAACUAUAGACCCUGGCACUUAGUGCAGUGUUUUUGGAUCAUGAAGGGUUUUCUCUGAAGGUAUCCACUCGCUUUCUUUGGCCUACUUGCGUUUUCAUAUCGCAGUUCUUAAUAUUACACCAUAUAGUAUUAUUCAAUGCCAUGAUAUUAUUACGCACCAGCAAUAGGUCACCAGUUUUAAGAAUAAAUAAAUAUGCAAAAGUCCAUCUUUCCUCUGUAUGAAGGAACGCUAAAUGAAGUAUUAGUUUUUUGUAACUAAUGUAAAAACACAAGUUUUAUAGAAUUGUACAGUUUUUUUUUGUUUUGUUUUGUUUCUUUUGUUGGGUCUUUUUCUGUUUUUGGAAAUGUAUUUUCUCCAAAAAAAGAAAAGGAAUAAAAAGCCAUCUGUUGACUAUGUGAAGUAUGAAGAUUUGUGCCUGCCAAUGUCAAGGUCUUAGCAAGUUUUUAAGAUUUAAAUAUAUAUGAAUAUAUGUAAAAAAAUAAAUAACACUACAGUCUCAAACUCUAGGUCAGAGGGACAGAGGGAGAGAGAACAGCCACACCUCCAUAUUUUAACCGUAUAAACUGUCGCUGAGGACUCGAGUGUACUGGCCUUUCUGUUCUUCCCUCCUCUCAGCUCUGGAGCUACAGUGACGCUCCACUGUGGGGCACCGCAGGCCUGGGCCACAGUCUGGGUUUAUAAUCCUCUUGCGCACGCAUUGUUGAAGUCUGCCUUUUAUUUUUCAUUUAUUCUGUCAUUUCCUUAAGUUGGAUAUUUGUGAUAUUUUUUUUGGCGUUUUUUUUUUUUUUUUUCUUAAUUCGUUAUUUUUACAAAAUUGGAAGUAUUUGAGUGGCUCUGUGCUAUUAAAGAACUGUGCUAAUAUGAAAGAGGCUCUUUUAAACCCCUGGAGUUUGAGACAAAUUGCCUUUAAUAAACUGAAGUUAGAAAAAAAGCAAGCUUAUCCUGAUUUUUUUCUCCUGUAACUCGUCCUUUUUUUGUUUGCCAGUGCAUGGCCUGCUGUUUUUCCAACUGUAAAAAAAUGCAUUUAUUUUAAGAAAUAAAAAUCAUUUUUAUUUAAA